AUGGCUGAACUCCUCGCCGCCCUCGCCUCCGGCACCAUCUUCGGCUCAGCCCUAACACUCGCCGGCGUGGCGUCCCCACGAGUCAUCAUCGACCAGUUGCGGCUCACCAAUUUCCACAUGCUCCUGGCUUUCAUGUCCGCCUCGGCGUGCAGCGCGGUCAUCGUCGUCGCAGCAAAUCAUACUGGGCUUGCCAGGCUCGGCCAUCGGAAGGACAGCAGUCUCGGGGUGCUGGGGAGAUAUGAUGGAAAUAUCAUCGGAGGGGCGUUGCAAGGGGUGGGCAUGGCAUUGACGGGCGCUUGCCCCGGCACCGUGCUCGUUCAGGCCGCAGCUGGGGUCGGUAGAGGCUUCUGGGUCAUGCUCGGCGGCCUGCUCGGCGGUGCGGCGUUCGUCAAGUGGAAGAAGAAGACCGCUGCGCGGACGGACGCGCCAGAGGGAAAGCACACUAUCAUGCAAAAGACAGGUCUAUCUGCUUCGGCCGUUGUCCUGGGCUACGAAACGCUGCUGCUGGCCGUCAUCACUGCCGCCAACUCACUCGCUCCGACGGGGACUUACUUCCUGAACCCGGCUGUAGGCGGCCUUCUGAUCGGUGCAGCACAAGCGGCAUCCGUGCUGUUCUCUAAGAAGACACUGGGGGUGAGCAGCGCCUACGAGGACGCCGGGCAGAUGUUCUGGGCUCUCCUGGAAGGGAAGACGCCACCUGGCUGGGGGAAUGUUGUCUUUGCUGCCGGUGUCGCCGCGGGUGCCAGGGCGACCAUGCAUUAUGUGCCUUUCACCUUGGAAGCGAUGUUGCCUGAAGUUCCUGUGUCGAUUCUGGCCGCACUAAUCGGCGGCUUCGCGAUAAUCUUUGGCGGACGCUUGGCUGGUGGAUGCACGAGCGGACAUGGCAUCUCCGGGAUGGCGACCAUGUCUUUCAGUUCCUUCAUCACAGUGGCGUCUAUGUUCGCCGGAGGCAUCGGCGCAGCUUUAGUAUUAUCAUGA